UUCCCUUUCAACAAUUUCACGUACUGUUUAACUCUCUUUCCAAAGUGCUUUUCAUCUUUCCCUCACGGUACUUGUUCGCUAUCGGUCUCUCGCCAAUAUUUAGCUUUAGAUGGAAUUCACCACCCGUUUUGCGCUGCAUUCCCAAACAACGCGACUCUUCGAGAGUGCAUCACAAAGCACCGGCAGUCCGUGUCAAAGACGGGAUUCUCACCCUCUAUGAUGUUCUGUUCCAAGAAACUUGUACACGGUCCGACGCAGAAAACACUUCUCUAG